AUGUACUCUACAUAUUGAGGCUGCGUUUUCCACCCCAUAAGAGACAUUGAGGUUUCCCUGUUUUUUUUGGGGCAAAGAACUAAAUUUGGCAUUGUGGGACUUCUUCUAUAGGCGGCACACGCCCAUUUGAGUUUUGAGUUAUAGAAAUUUGAAAUUAUGAUAUUGUAUCUAACAAGAUGCUCGGUAAGAUAGUUAGUUGAUGAUAGUAAAUACGACUUUCUACUCAUCAUAAAAACUAAGUCACCCAAGACUAAACAGUAGGCAGGGAUUUAAACUUUCAGAUUACUUCACUUCGAGCCUUCUAUAGAUAUAUACAUAACACAUACACCCUUCAUUCGAUCGGCAAAAUUUCUCUUUCGGCAGCACACAAAAAACUGUUGUAAAUUAACGUAUCUGUAUCGUGUUCUUCUGUUGGGUUGUUGGUCCUAACUGUAAAGACUGCCUCCCUUUCCCGGUUUUCCUCCAGACCGUAGUUAACAAGAAUAUAAAGCCCAACGAAGCCGUUACGCAAAAAUAAACUUAAUUAUAAUCUCGGUAACAAUCAUCAUAUAUAAUAUCAACAACUAUAUAGAAAUAAUACCCGGAGCCGAAAUCAAACAAAAGCGCCGUCCAGUCAAAACAAAUAACAAAUCAGCUGAUAUAAACUCUCAUCGUAGAAAUCGUACGCAUUCUGACGCAGUAAUAUCCUGGCAAAAGACGACGGACCAAUGGAGGAUAUGCAUUUGAAACUCGGUGAUCUGUCCCAGCAGACAUUGGCCGCUCGUCACAGUCUAAUACUGGGCCAGAAAUUGGGCGGUGCACUUCGUGGGCCACAGCAGCAGGCGCAGCAUCAUCAUCAUCAUCUGAACCACCAACUUAACCAAUUAAGCCAGUUGAAUCAAUUGAAUCAGCUCAAUCAUUUGAAUCAAUUAACUCAGCUCCGCCAGCAUCUUCAGAACCAACUAAGCCUGAAUCUUAAUCUCGGUUUUGGCCCGAAGCCGCACAACCUAACCCGCCCAAUGCAUAUGGGUCGGGGCUUGUGUUUUGGUGGUCUGGAUCUUGAUCUGGAUCUGGGUGGAAAUCUGGAAAGCAGCAGCAGUAGCAGCAGCAAUAGCACCAGCAGCAGUAGCAGCUGCAAUAGCACCAGCAGCAAUACCAGCCACACCAGCACCAACAGCAAUCUGGGACAGGGACAUGGAUCUGGGACUGGACUUGCUGGAUCAACAGGAAUCCAAGGUGAGGUCGAAUAUGUCCAUGAACCUGGCCAGGAAGAUGGUGAUUCUUUGAAUGUCAAGGGUCGAUGCAGUCUGGAAACCGCUAGCAAUACUGACGAAGGGGAUUCACAUUUGGAGGCUAAACAACAAACUUCAUCAACGAAAGAUGAGAAGGACAAGGACCUUCUGGUAACCAUUAAACCCUCCCCUUCCGUUAUGUUAAAGGCGGCCAAUUCUAAUCUAAAUGCCGACGCCACUGUCUAUACGAUGCCUGACAAAGUGGAGACCCAUUAUAAUGAUGAAAUUUUGCCUAAGCCAGAGUUUCGUCUCAAUGCCGAAGCAGCUGUAUUCACACCCUCAAUGCUGGGCUUGGGUUCCCUACUCCAGGCGGUUGAGCUACCAUUGCAUCCAGCAGUUUCCCAACCACUAUUGCCAACACCACAUCUACCGAACUACGAUUUUCCAGCUCAAAACCAACAGCCGCCCGAGCAGCUUUUUACCAACAGCAUGAUGAAACAGAAUGUUCGUUGGCGCAAGCAGCCACUUCCGGAUUUGUUCAUCGCAGUCAUCUCACUGAUAAGGGAACUUUCGCGAUCCGUAAGCUAUCCGGAGAUUAUAAAUACCCUGGCAAUAAGACUUCAACGUCCUGAAGUGGAACUGAAGCGUCAUGUACCCCAUACCCUGCAUUCGGCUGUGAAUAAUGGUUUUCUGAAGAAGGAGGGUAAUCGCUAUUCGUUAGUAUCCGAUAUGGAACAGGUGGAGAUCAUGAAACGUAAUCAGGAGGCCGCCAAGCGAGCCAAGGAGCUAGAGAAGGAGCCAUUAUCAUGGCGUAAGCGUUAGUUUAUAUAUAUUUAUAUAUAUAUAUACAGGGAGAGAGAGAGAGCGAAAGAGAGACCCAUUCCGGAUGCGAACCGUGUGUGCCAGCAUCCGCGCAUUAUCGAAGUACAUUCCUACUACAGCGACUAUAUUUUUGCAUCCCGCAUUCUGCAUUCCGCAUCCUGCACAUCCUGCACAUCCUACACAUUCCUCAUCGGCAUCUGCAUCUGCAUAUAAUUCGCUUUUAGUAUCCUUCGGCUUCAUAUCUUUUAUACUUGAGCUAGCACAGUGCUCGCGGCUGUGACCCCCUGUAGUCCUGUGAGUUGCACUUGCCCCGCCGCCCCCCUCCCCAGAGCCACGAGUUCUGUGCCGCCGCCGACGACGAACUCUGAAGAAAUGGUUUUACUGUACGUGAACUAUGUCCGACGGACCAGUGAGAUAUACGUGAUCCUUGAUCAGCUAACGAUAUACGAUAUCCACGGCCCGCCAAUGAGGUCACGUUGACAAAUGUAUAUAUAUAUAUAUAGAUAUAAAUCGUAUAUAUAUAAAUAUAUAUGUAUAUAUAUAUAUAUGAGAACCCAAUGGGGACGGCCCUUUGCCGGAAUGCUGCCUCCAGAGGAUGUUUCGUUGCCUGAUGUUGCCUUUUGCGUUCCGACAAACAAACAAACAAACAUAUAAAAUCGAGUUUUCCUGGUUCAGCGCUUUGUAAUUGAAAGCAAUUGGAUAAAUAAAAUUGUAGUUUAUCUCGAA